GAAGGGGUAGUUUGGGCAAUUUCGGAGUGUAAGUUUAGGGUUGAAAAUUAGGGUUUGGGCCGUCUAUAAAUGGGCCCCGAACAUCGCAGCUCAUUCUUCAUCGAAGGCGGUGAGGCAAGGGAAGAACUUCCACCAAUCUUCCAUCUUUCUCCACCGGAAGCAUCAUGGGUCGAAGGCCGGCUAGAUGCUACCGGCAAAUCAAGAACAAGCCCUACCCAAAAUCAAGAUACUGCCGUGGUGUCCCUGAUCCCAAGAUCAGGAUAUACGAUGUGGGCAUGAAAAGGAAGGGUGUAGAUGAGUUCCCCUUCUGCGUCCAUCUUGUCAGCUGGGAGAAAGAGAACGUGUCGAGUGAAGCUCUCGAGGCUGCCCGGAUUGCGUGCAACAAGUAUAUGACCAAGUUUGCCGGUAAGGACGCAUUCCACCUCCGUGUGAGGGUCCACCCAUUUCAUGUCCUGCGUAUCAACAAGAUGCUUUCGUGUGCUGGGGCUGAUAGGCUCCAGACAGGCAUGCGGGGUGCCUUUGGGAAGCCUCAAGGGACGUGCGCGAGGGUCAGCAUUGGGCAGGUGCUGUUGUCUGUCCGUUGCAAGGAUAACAAUGGGGCAAAUGCCCAGGAAGCUUUGAGGAGGGCAAAGUUCAAGUUUCCAGGCAGACAGAAGAUCAUCGUGAGUAGGAAGUGGGGCUUCACGAAAUUCAGCCGAACUGAUUACCUCAGGUGGAAGGAAGAGAAUAGGAUUUCUCCUGAUGGAGUCAAUGCAAAACUGUUCGGUUGCCAUGGGCCAUUGGCUAAUCGAAAGCCAGGACAGGCCUUUUUGAGUGAGCCACUCUCUACGGCUUAGAUCCCUAUCUGGUAUGAUUUCUUUACUUUGAUUCUACUGUUUUUGUUCUCUUAUACCAAAAAAUUUCUACAUGGAUAUUGAGAGAUUUGAGACAUUUUAAGAGUUCAUGUUGCAAUUUGUGUUCUUAGUUUAUUGAUCUUGAACAUUUGAUGAUCAA